AAUAAACAAAACAAAAAUAGUUAAUAACCAAAGGCCCAACAAUUAUGAAACGAACGGGAAUAUAUCGUAUUAUUGGUAGUAUGGCUGAUUUUCAAUUGGAUAUCAAACUACGACACAUGAGCGAAUGGCUGCCUGUGCCAAAAUUUGAAUACAACGGAGCCAAUCCGCAUUCUCCGCACAGUGAUCAUUAUCCCGUAAUCUCGCCAUCGCCAAGUCCGCGUCAGGAGAAUGGCGAUAAUGGCGAUGGUCAGGACAAUUGGUCCGAUUGCUUUAUCUAUGUGCCAUAUAGCGAUGAGUUUAGCUACGGCAUGCAAGGCUACUAUAAUUAUUAUAAUCCUGGUAGUGGUUAUCCCACAAGUCGGGCUUCAAUAGGCAGCAAUCGAGCCGCCAGCAGUAACAGCAAUAGCAGUAAUCUUAGUCAAAGGAAUAGCCGAAAGAUCAAGGGAAGAAGUCGUCAGCCAGGGGAUUCCACUUCAGUUUUCAGCUCCCAAAUGGAGCAGGUACAUGAAGAAACGGAAGAGGAGGCGACUGGGGAAGACGAACAACAAGAGUUGGAAGAGGAGCAGGAUCAGCAGCCACAAUCAUAUCGAAUGGAUGAAUUAAAGUCCAAUACCACGCCACAGGGUGCCAAUGAAGUAUUCUACAAUCUCAAUAAGGAACUAUGCAAUGGAGCCACAGCCAAUUUGCGUAUUGGCUGGCAACAGAAACACUUUAGUCGUUCGGAGCUGCAACGUUACGGGGAUCCGAGGAAUUGUUUUACUCCCCUGCAACGUCGCUAUCAUCGUUGGACCCAAGACAUAAUCGAGUUACAGCAACGUCACGAGCUGGCUCACUCUCAAGCUCAUGAGGAACCGUUAGAGAUACGGGUACGCCGCAAGCCACGCAAGAGUAAAAGGCGGCGGAAUGCCCAUGCUACGCCCACGUCCAGUUUAUCUGAAAAUGCGGGUCUCUCAUCGUUGCCCAUGUCACAGAUCAGUGUCCAGACCAUAGAGGAUCCCAACUUUGCGGCACGCACUUGUCUCAUUCACACUCUGAUCGAUGCCGAUGGCGAAGAGGCCUUGCCCGAGGAGGCACAUCAACUGCAUGCGGAGGGCUUCCAACUGAUGUAUGUCUAUGCUGAAUUGCAGGCUGACACUCUGCUGCUCACUCUCAAGUAUUCACCGUCAUUGGGUUUGCUUUAUGUCUAUCCGGACUUCAAUUUCAGUGCCGAUGAUUUGGAUUAUAUGAUAAAAAUCAAUCGUGACAACGAUUGCAGUCAGCUAUAUGCCUAUGGCUUUCAAAAUGUCAAUCCCUUAGAAUCGGAAUUUGGUUCAUCGACUGCUGUGACUACAACAACAACAACGACAACGACAACUAGUUCACAGCAAGAUGAUAAUCUCGAUGUGGAUUUGGAAUUACCCUCAGAUGCCUCCACAGGACGUUUAAUUCAUCAUCAUCAGCAACAACGAGAUUGGGCCAAUGAAUUGCGUAGUUUAUUACAUUUUGAAUUGCCACCAAAGCGGAUGCGUCGCAUUUCGCUAAUGUUCGAAUUGAGUGAGGCUCAAGACUUUGAAAAUGCCAAUAUACAUGUACGUUACUAUGUCCAGCCGCCGGAUAAUACUAUUCUCGAUUCCACCAAUGUGGAGGAGCCAUUCCCAUUGCGUGGCGCCACAGCCACAUGCAUGCAGGCUGGCGAUCAGAGAUUAGCCCAUCUCUCCCAUUGCUGGCAAUUGAAUCUCCUGUGCGAGGAACAGCACAAUCCCGAGCAUUUAUUGCACAUCUAUUUCGAGGUGAUUAGCAUCGACAGCUGGCAGAGGGAACGCUGUGAGGGUUAUGCCCAUUAUGCAUUCUCUCUGGUUACCCCAUUACCACUUAAUCCCAUGGCAAUUCGUUUGCAAUGCAUGCGACCUCUGGGCACUUGGUUGGAUGAUAUGAAUCGCUAUUUUAUCGGUGGACGUAAACUGUUCGAUUUCGUUGGCUACUUCAAUCCGAAUAAUUUGCGUUUAAAGGGCGGUCUGCAUAAUCGUUUGAAUGCUGAUAUAAGCCAGGCCAUGCGGAGUACAGGAUUCUUGAUGCUUCGUCUACAGAAAUUGCAGCAACGUCAACCGGCUGAGCAGCAAUUGAAUGAGCUGCUCGAAAGUGACAGUGAGACGGCCGAAAUGGGAAAGGCCAGCACUCUGGAUGAGGUGAUGGCCGCCUAUACUGAGGCCAGAGAUCGAGUGGAGUUGCUUUUGGGUCGGCAGUAGCCCUCAAUUUAUCCCUAGAUGUAUGCUACAUAAUUUGU